AUGUUUUUCAGUCGAUUUCCAUCGGCAUCAACAUCGAGGAUCCAUCGAACGUACAGCUCAGCUACCAACAUGACCUCGCAAGCAGGAAACAAAGUGGAUAAUCAGAGCGAACGCACUCGAGAUUUAUUGAAUUGCUUCAACAGGAUAAAGCAUCACGUGGGGGAGGUAGCAUCGGGUCGCGAAGUCAGAUUAGUGGCUGUAUCCAAAUUGAAACCAUCUUCCGAUAUCCUCACGCUCUAUCAGACCACUGGCCAUCUCCACUAUGGCGAAAAUUACGUGUCUGAAUUACAAGAGAAAGUCAAAACGCUUCCUCAGGGAAUCAAAUGGCAUUUCAUUGGGGCCUUGCAAUCAAACAAAUGCAAAAUUCUUGGCGCGAUUCCCAACCUAUUUGCUGUUGAAACUGUUGACUCACUUCACAAGGCACAAUUGCUCGAAAAGGCCAGAUCUGGUCUAGCAUCCUCAACUCAAGUCAACCCUUUGGAGAUCUACCUACAAGUCAACACAUCGGAAGAGGAAACGAAGGCUGGUUUUAUCACUACAUCCAGUGAACCCAUUCUUAACUCCGACCUAUAUUCGACUGCCAAGUUUAUCAAAGAAGAUUGCCGAUGGUUAAGACUAGCGGGACUGAUGACGAUAGGAUCGAUAGAUCAAUCAAAAUCCGAUCAGGGGACCAACAAAGACUUCGCGCGAUUAGUUCAAUUGAGGGAUCAACUUUCUGAAAGUUUCGGCGGCCUGGAACUCGGAUUAAGUAUGGGCAUGAGUGCCGAUUUUGCUCUCGCCAUCAAAAUGGGCAGCAACAACGUGAGAGUGGGCUCAAGCAUUUUUGGCGAGCGACCUCCAUUCAAGAAACCCCAAACCUGA